GCGGUGCUUUACAAAAGAAGCGCCAAAGAAUAUGGAUCCAAUGCUCUGCUGGGUGUCACGAUAAUCAGUUAAUCACACUGCCUAAAAAAAUAUAUACAAUCUCCUCUGUACGUAUAUUAUUAUCUGCAACCAAAUUUCAAGGCCACAAGAUUUAAAUCAUACAUAUAUAUACAGAUUAUCCCAAUUUUUAGUUACUUCGAUUUUCCAUCUUUCAACCCUUUUCUUCUCUGGUCAAGGUCAUUUAGGUAAUCAUGGAUAGGAUAAAGGGAUCUGCACGCCUUAUGAUAGUUUCUGAUCUUGAUCAUACAAUGGUUGAUCAUCAUGAUCCAGAAAAUCUAUCUUUGCUAAGGUUUAAUGCCCUAUGGGAAGCCAAGUAUCGUGAAGAUUGUUUACUAGUGUUCUCAACUGGAAGGUCGCUUACAUUGUACAAGGAGUUAAGGAAAGAGAAGCCUAUGCUAACACCUGAUGUUACUAUAAUGUCCGUCGGAACUGAGAUCACAUAUGGAAAUUCUAUGAUUCCAGAUGAUGGUUGGGUCGAAAUUUUGAACCAAAAGUGGGACAAGAAGAUCGUCUUAGAGGAAGCAAGCAAAUAUCCUGAACUUACUCUUCAGCCCGAAACUGAACAACGUCCACACAAGGUUAGCUUUUAUGUUCAGAAAGAUAAGGCACAAGAAGUUACAAAAGCUCUUUCUGAGAGUUUUAUAAAACAUGGGUUGGAUGUUAAAAUAAUUUACAGUGGAGGGAUAGAUUUGGAUAUACUGCCACAAGGUGCUGGAAAAGGACAGGCCCUUGCUUAUCUGCUGAAAAAGUUAAGGUCCAAAGGAAAACUUCCUAAAAAUACCCUUGCUUGUGGGGACUCUGGUAAUGAUGCUGAGCUUUUCAGUAUUCCUGAAAUAUAUGGAGUCAUGGUCAGUAAUGCCCAGGAAGAAUUGUUGCAGUGGCAUGCUGCAAACGCUAAAGACAACCCAAAUAUAAUUCAUGCAACUGAGAGGUGUGCAGGGGGUAUUAUAGAAGCCAUUGGUCAUUUUAGUCUGGGACCAAAUAUAUCACCCAGAGAUGUCACUGAUCUGUCAGAUACCAGUUUAGAGAAGUUCGAUCCUGCAUAUGAAGUAGUAAAAUUUUACUUAUUUUUUGAGAGAUGGCGGCGUGCAGAGGCUGAGAAGUCUGAGAUCUAUUUGUCAAAUCUGAAAGGAGUUUGUGCUCCAUCCGGUUUUUAUGUCCACCCAUCUGGUUUUGAGAAACCUCUUCAUGAUUGUGUAGAUGCAUUGAGACAGUGUCACGGAGACAAACAAGGGAAGCAAUUUCGGGUUUGGGUGGAUCAAGUUUUCUCUACUCAGGUUAGCUCGCACAUAUGGAUUGUGAGAUUUAAGAAGUGGGAAAUAUCUGGUGGAGAGCAAUCUGGCUGCUUGACCACUGCAUUAUUAAGUUCAAAGGAUGUGAGCGUCGCAGAAGGGCUCACUUGGCUCCAAGUGCAUCAGACAUGGUUGACCGGAGCCACUCCCGGCGAUCAGUCACUUUGGCGCUUCUAGCUACUGGCCAAGGCAAGACUUUGAAGAUCUUGUUAUACACAGUAUCUGUUUUUGCUUAAAUAAAUAUAUAAUAAUCAAAUUAGCUCCGCAAUUUUCUUGUCGUGAUGCAACAGGAGUUGCUAGUUGCAACUACAGUGUAUUAUAUAACAAGCAGAAAAAUAUUCUGGACGGUGGAUAUAACUUUUAUUCCCUGUUUGAAAUCAAGUGAAAGGAUAUUAUAUCGGCAUUUCUGCCUUUCAAUUA